AUGCCAGUUUCUUCACAUUGGAACUCUUCUUCAGGACCAAAUGUUUAUACUGCCUCAGGUCACAGUGUGGAGAGACCACACUACAAUCCGGGGGCUCCGGGCCCAUCCCAUGAUCCUUUUGUCAGUUCAACAGUUGCAACUUUCUCAACUCCACAUGAGAGUUAUGUCACAUUUGCAUCUUCUUCAAACUGCAAUAUCCAGACAUGGUCAAAUUCUAGUUACAUUGAUCCAUCUAAGAGGAUUAUAAUGGCCACUGAGCCUUAUCCUUCUAGGCAUCUAAGGGCACCACCACACAUUUCAUGGCGUAACGGUGAUCGCACAGGGAGUCGUAGGAAUUCCUAUGAGAGAUUUCAGCCUCCUUUCGAUGAAGCUGCUCUCCACGUACGAUUUUCAUCUGAGGGAUUUAUGGUUGUGGAUCACCAACAACACUACGGAUCCAGAAAUAUGCUUGAUCACCACAGAGACUUGAGGCUGGACAUCGAUGACAUGACUUACGAGGAUUGGGAAUGUCAACACCAGUCUAUCAAACAAAGCUAUCUCCAGUUGCUUGUUAGAGACAAUGUAUUACCCGUUGUAUCAAACGGAGGAGCAAAGCAAAUGCGCAAUAUCCUGGAGGAGUACAAGGAAAGAGAAGAAUUAGGGAAAGUGAAAGGGUGUGGUCAUGACUACCAUGAAGGUUGCAUCAAGAAAUGGCUUUUUAUGAAAAACUCUUGUCCUAUUUGCAAAUCCCCUGCUUUGCCUGACGCUUCUAAGAACCCAUAA